CUGAAACUUUACUAUAAUUUAUGUACUAUAACAUCCGCUUUCAUUUCAGGGUUAAUGUUCAUGAUGUCAGACCGUGGCGCUCGUAUAUUGGUCAUCGACGGUUACACGUUCCGCCGCCAGUGCGAUCUAGGCAUCAAGACCAGGUGGUGGUGCAGCACGCACUAUAACCGUGGUUGCCGUGCAGUUGUCUAUACUAUUGGAUCACAGGCUAUCAGGUGCAAAAAUAUACAUAGCCAUCCGCCUGAACGCAAAUACUAG